AUGAUUUCCAUGCAGAAAAUCUUAGUGGUAGCCUGGCUUCUGGGCUGCGCUCUUGCGCUUCCGGCGCCUGGUGGAGGAGGAUCGUUCUCCUCGCACUCCUCCUUCUCCGAGGGCUCUCAGCAGAGCGAGGCGGGCUUCUCGUCCCAGGCCUCGUCUCAGCACGAGGGCUUCAGGAGCAGCCACGGACACUCGGGCUACUCCGAAGGGGGCUUCGAAUCCGGUCGUCACUCAUCCGGAGGACACUCUGAGGGAGGCUUCAGCGAAGGCCACUCUUCCGGGGGAUACUCAGAGGGUGGCUUCGAGAGCGAGGGCGGAAGCUUCGAAUCCAGCCGCCGUGGCCACAGUUCUGGGCAUCACUCAUCCGGAAGUUCCUCCCAAUUCUCUGAAGGCAGUUCAGGUAGCUCGAGCUCAGAUUACCAAGCUUCCAGUCGCAGAUCUGACGGAUUCAGCGGAGGCUCUUCUCACCGUUCCGAAAGCAGUUCCGGCUUUGAAUCUGGCGGUCAGCACAGUUCUGGACAUCACUCUGCCGGAAGCUCUUCUCAAUACUCCGAGGGUGGUUCAGACUUUGGAGCAGGACAUCAUUCUCACAGAUCUGGACAUCACUCUGGCGGAAGCUCUUCUCAAUACUCCGAGGGUGGUUCAGACUUUGGAGCGGGACAUCAUUCUCACAGAUCUGGACAUCAGAGUUCUGGAGGAUUCUCUGAGCAAUCCUCCUCUUCGCAAUCGUCCAAGAGUGCCAGUUCGCAGAGCAGCUCCUCGGACAGUAGCAGUUCUUCCAGCAGCAGCAGUUCUUAUCACUCCGCUCACCGGCGAGACGCUCCUUAUCCCCCAGAAGUGCCCCAUUCCCACUACGGCGUCCCCACCACGACUCUUCCGCCUCCUCCACCUCCCCCGCCGCCAACCACCACCGUCCCUCCACCGCCUCCGCCGCCGCCAGAGAUGCCUCAUGAAGAGUACGGACCGCCCAAGAACACUCUGCCGCUGAUUCCCGAGCUCCCCAAGCUUCCCGACUUGAAGCCCUUUGAUUUCGGUCCGAAAGACACCGAUCUCACCGAUGAACUUACCUACAGACCUCCUGUGGCUCCUGAGCUGCCCAAACUCCCCGAACUGCCCACGAUUCCUGAGCGUUUUGACACGGUGGACAACAGCGAUGAGGACUCCAGCUCGGAAGAAGUCGAGACUCCCGCGGACACUUAUGGCGUGCCCAAGAGACCUGCCAUCGUUCAGCCAGAGCAUCCUCCUCAGAUUCCCCACUCUUUCAUCCCUGAAACGCCCAAGCAGGAAGUCCCCACUGGUCCAUACCCACCUGAAGUGCCUCACGAGGAAUACGGCCCACCUCCACCUCCUGUCCCAACAGUCCCAGCUCCUCCGCCACCACCGCCACCAGAGCUUCCGCCCCUUCCUGAGCUCCCCGAAGUGGUGAUUCCUCACUUCCCGCCAGCGCCUCCAGAGGUUCCAGAAGUGCCAGAAGUUCCAGAGGUUCCCGUGGGACCUUAUCCGCCAGAAGUGCCCCAUGAAGAGUACGGACCGCCUCCAGCUCUUCCCGAACUCCCUGAAGUGCCUGAAGUUGUUGUGCCCACCGGACCUUACCCGCCAGAGGAGCCCACUGCUCCCUAUCCUCCAGAGGUUCCUCACGAAGAGUACGGUCCGCCCAAGCAAAUCAUUCCCAUCGCCAGGAUUCCCCAGCCACCGCCGCUUCCCAUCCUCCCUGAACUUCCGCCUGUGGUCAUCCCACACUUCCCGCCAGCGCCUCUGCAAGCUCCUGAGCCCACUGGACCUUACCCGCCUGAAGUGCCUCAUGAAGAAUACGGACCACCUGUUGUACCUCACACUGAAUACGGCCCGCCCAAGACCAUUAUCGCCGCUCCGCUGCCUCCACCGCCUCCAGCGCUUCCUUCACUCCCGGAACUGCCGCCCGUGGUGAUUCCUCACUUCCCUCCGGCGCCGCCAGAAACCUUCUACGCACCCGAAAUGCCGCACACGAAGUACGGAGUACCUGAGAACCAAGUCUACCUGAAGCCCAUCCCAAUCCCGCCAGCGCUGCCCGCUCUGCCCGAGAUCCCCAACACAAUUGUGCCGUACGCACCCAAGGAGUUCCCCUACCCGCCCGAGAUGCCGCACGCGGUGUACGGGCCGCCGAAGCAGGCGGCGCCCUAUGCGCCCGAAGGCCCGGCCACGCACUACGGAGAGCCUCUGUUCCACGCGACGCCGUUUAGGAUAAGCGUGGAGAAGGCUCCGCCCGGGGGCUACAAUUUCGUCGAGAUUGGGGGCCAAACUGUGGUACGCGAUGGGAAAUUGCUGAUUAAGAAGGGCACCUUCAACUACGUGGACUCCAAAGGAUUUCCCGUGCUGAUAAACUACUCCUCAGACUCAUAA